UAGUCAAAUAAUUGCUCAAUAUUACCAGUUUAUACGGUUGGGCUUUGAGGGUUACAAAAACAUCAUGGAAAGCUGGACUGAGAAUGCCAGAACGCUGAAAGAAGGAAUAGAGAAAACAGGGCGAUUUGACAUUGUCUCCAAGGAUGUUGGAGUGCCCCUGGUAGCCUUCUCCCUGAAAGACAGCAGCAAAUACACAGUGUUUCAGAUAUCAGAGAAUUUGAGAAGGUUCGGGUGGAUCGUCCCAGCUUACACAAUGCCGCCCAAUGCCGAACGCAUCGCCGUCCUUCGGGUAGUUAUUCGAGAGGAUUUCAGUCGGACCCUGGCUGAGAGACUUGUUACAGACAUAGACAGAGUUUUGAAGGAGAUGGAUGAAUUCGCCUCCAGCCAUGUCUCCACCAAAGCUGCUCAUGUCACAGCUACUGUUGAUGAGACACAAGACGGCAGAAAGAAUGUUGAAAAGAGUGUAAGAGAGACCGAGGAGGAGGUAAUUAACACCUGGAGGCGAUUUGUGCGGAGCAGGAAGAGUGGAGCUUGUUAGUCCUCAGAUUUGUGUCUUAUAUAUGCAUGCUACCUUGUAAAAUUUAUCUUUGCUUUCUCCCUGGCUAGGGACUGGAUACAGACAUAAUAUAUAUGUUAUUUAUUAUUUAUUGCUGUGUGGAUUUGUUGAUGACUCUUAUAAUAAAUGGUUAUUUCAUCAAA